UUUAGAUUUUCUGUUAAAAAUGAAUUCUAAAAAACACACGUUUUUGACAUUGAAGCAAAAAGCUGAUAUUCUCGAUUCUUUAAAAAGAGGCUCAUCUAUGACGUUCUUAGCAAAGAAAUAUAAUGUUGCUAAAUCAACAAUUUGUGGAAUCAAAGGAAAAAAACAAGUGAUUUUAAAGUUCGUGAACAACACAUACUUGGGACCUGGUCAAAGAAGAACUCUGCGUCCUUCAGAGCUGCCCAAAAUGGAGAAAGCUCUUUAUCGUUGGUUUAUCAAAAUGCGGAAUAAAAACUGGCCAGUAAGUGCCUUAAUGUUGAAAGAAAAUGCCAAAGUACUACAUGCACAAGUAAAGGAAAAUGAAUCUAACUUCAACGCUAGUGAUGGAUGGCUUCAAGGAUUUAAAAAAAGGUACGGUGUUCGACUGCUGCAAAUAUCAGGCGAAAAACUAUUUUCGCUGCCUCAGCUCGUGGAUCCAUUUAAGGAAAAACUUAGAGCUAAAAUGGCCGAACUGGAGCUGUGUAACGACCAGUUAUAUAAUGCUUAUGAGUCAGGCUUAUUCUGGAAACUUCUGCCAGAAAAAACGUACGUGUCCAGUAUGGAAAAGAGAGCUCCAGGCGUUAAGUCGGAAAAGCAGCGGAUCACGUUUUUAUGAUGCUCAAACGCCACUGGAUCUCAUAAACUGAAACUUUUGGUAAUUGGAAAGGCAAAGAAUCCACGCUGCUUUAAAAACUUCCAAUGCCCCACAUACUAUAAGAGCUCAAAAUCCGCCUGGAUGACGUCGGCUGUUUUCAAGGAAUGGUUUCAUGAGUCCUUCGUUCCACAGGUAACGUCAUUUUUAAAGUAG